GACUGGGGCCGUUUCCAACACCCCCACCCCCGCUCCAGGGGUAGUAAAGGCUCCAUAACAGAGCCGGCCGGUCAUGCAGUUGAGAUCGGGGCUGGCAAGAUGUCCACACAUGGGACCAACGCUUCCUGCAUGUGCCUUUCUUGGUUCUGGCUUCUCCCUUGGCGAUAAUUUGUCAAUGCACCUCGGUUAUACGAUAUACCCACCUACCCCUUUCGUGGCCGCUGUGCUUUACUACAUUUUUUAGUAGCACGGCCGGCUGUAAAACGGAACCCCAGCAAAUACGCAAGCCCCGACACCCUAGCCAGACUUGGCUUCUGUAACAGGCGCCGUCGUCUUGCGCGGUCCGACGGCCAAUGGCGGUACUGGCAGUAAGAGCUGUCGGCCGCCAGCUGCCGCGGCCUCGGGCCCUGGGGACAAAGUCCCUGCGGCACCCCUGGCGGCGGCAUGGCCGGCCCAUGAGCCGACUGAGCAUAUCCCAUGGACCGCAGGAGCCUCCACUACUCACCCAAACCAUCCCUGAGCACUUCGCCUCGGUCGUGUCCAAACACGGCGACCGCCCGGCCGUCAUCUGCCGGUCCCCCACCGCCGCGGCCUCGGCCCUGCCCCAGCCCCAGCAGCAGGCGCCGGCGCGGGCGCGGGAGACGGUGCUGACGUACCACGAGCUCGACCGGCUGUCGGGCUCACUCGCGCGCUCGCUCCGCGGGCUGGGCGUGCGCAAGGGCGACCGCGUGGCCGUCAGCCUGGGCAACUGCGCCGAGCACGCGGCGCUGACGCACGCCGUCUUCAAGCUGGGCGCCGUGCUGGUGCCGCUCAACCCGGGCUUCGGCGCCGACCAGGUCGCGUCGGCGCUGGCGCACCUCGACGCCGUGGUCUUGGUCGUCGGCGCCGUCACCGACCUCGCCUACCGGCCGUGCCGGGGGCGCCCCAACCUGCCCCUGGUGCGGGCCCUCGUCCCGGACCUGGAGGCGCCGCGGCUCUCCUCCCCGCGCGUGCCGUCGCUGCGGGCCGUCGUCGUCGUCGACAACUCGCCCGACCACCCGGGCUGCCCGCCGCUCCCGCUGCCGUCGCACCGCGCCCUCACGCCCUUUUCCGCCCUGGCCGACUCAUUCUUUCUCUCGUCGUCGUCUGCAUCCACCACCGCCAUCGUGCCCGACUCCCCGCUCGACCCGUCCGACACCAUCAACAUCCAGUUCACGUCGGGCACCACGUCGCACCCCAAGGCCGCCAUGCUCACGCACGCGGGCAUCCUCAACAACGGCUUCCUCAUCGCCGACCGCAUGGGCCUCACCCCGGCCGACCUCGUCGUCUGCCCGCCGCCGCUCUUCCACUGCUUCGGCUCCGUGCUCGGCUACAUGGCGACCGCGACCACGGGCGCGGCCCUGAUCCUCCCCUCGCCCGCCUUCGACCCGGCCGCGUCCCUGCGCGCCGCGUCCGACCACGGCGCCACGGCCCUGUACGGCGUCGCCACCAUGUUCGUCGCCAUGCUCGAGGAGCUGGAGCUGGAGCGCGGCGCGGCGGCGGCGGUCCUGUCCCCGGCCGAGGCGGCGACGCUCAAGACGCGGCUGCGCACCGGCAUCGCGGCCGGCAGCUCCGUGCCCGAGGCGCUCAUGGCGCGCCUCUUUGCGCGCCUGGGCCUGCCCGACCUCGUCAUCUGCUACGGUCAGACCGAGACGAGCCCCGUCAGCCUCAUGACGGCGCCGGCCGACCCGCUCGCCAAGCGGACGGGGUCCGUGGGGCGCGCCAUGCCGCACACGUCCGUCAAGGUGGUCGACCCGGCCGACCGGUCCGUCGUGCUGCCGCGCGGGAGCCGCGGCGAGCUGGCCGCGUCCGGGUACCUGGUCAUGAAGGGGUACUGGGGGCUGGACGGCGGGGACGGUGCGGCGGCGGCGGCGGCAGGCGAUCGCGUGUGGGAGCCCGAAGACGAAACAGAGGGGGGCGACGGCCAAGGCGGCAGGGUGUGGAUGUACUCGGGCGACGAGGCGGCCAUGGACGACGACGGCUACGUGGCCAUCACGGGCCGCAUCAAGGACCUCAUCAUCCGCGGCGGCGAGAACAUACACCCGCUCGAGGUCGAGAACUGCCUGUUUGAGCACCCGCUGGUGGCCGAGGCCAGCGUCGUCGGCGUGCCCGACGCCCGCUACGGCGAGUGCGUCGCCGCCUUUGUCGUGCCGCACGCCGGCGUCGCCCUGGCCGGCGGCGUGGCCGCAGCGGGGACGGCGGACGCGGGAUCAGAGGCGGGACCGACGGAUCAGAGGCGGCUGACCGAGGACGACCUCAAGGAGUGGGUGCGGCAGCGGCUGUCGGGCCACCUGGUGCCGCGCCACGUCUUCUGGGCCGACGAGUACCCCAAGACGGCGAGCGGCAAGAUCCAAAAGUUCAAGCUGAGGGAGAUGGCGGUGCAACUCCUGGCCCGGGAGGAGACUGCUCGCAGGGGGACGUCGUCGUAGGAGUUUCUGGUCGGACCGGAUUCGACAUGUUAUAACUUACCCGCAUCCUCCUGUCUCGACCAUGACGCACAUGCACCCACACGGCUAUCGCAUACUGUUGUGCACGCACUACGCCAUACCAAGCCCAAGAUAUCUUCAGAGGUUGUUCAUAACUGCGUAUCUUCCCAGAGGAAGGCUCUAUUUGACAUUCCAGGAAAUAGUAAUAAAGCGACUGGUAGAUGAUCUGGCGAUGCAAUGCCGCGGCAGUAAGUGUAGGAAUAGAAAA